AACCAAUCAGAAAAGAGUAUUGAUCAGUUUCAAGGUUGUUGAUUGGAUGACAUGUCUAUGCUACUAAAAAUCCAAAAUCAAUUUAGCUCUAUAUAGGAUAGACAGACUGAUCCAUUAAAACUUUCCAGUAGACCUAGGUUAGUUAGCUACGGUCCUUGUAAUUAAAAACAGAGAGAGAUUAGUCAACCUAGUCCUUCUCAAAAAAAUCAAUAAACCGUGGAUUUUUUUAUAAAAAAAAACAAAAAAAAAAUCAACGAUGUAUCUGUGAUAUGAAUUUUAAUACAUACUGGAAUUUUAACUAUUCAAUUACACAUUUCACUUGUUUAUACUUGAUUGAAGUUGUCAAAAACUAUAAUUGAGAUUGUAAUUCUAUGAUUGAAAGUAUGCGACAUCGUGGUCCUACUUCAGAGAUUUCAUCUAGUUUAUAUCUUGAUAAACAUUGUACUGAAACUACAAUAUUAUCAACUGAUUCAUCGAAAUCUGAUCAACAAUCAGGAAUAUAUUGUACAUCGAUAACAUCUAAAACAUCUGGAAUAUCACCUGUAUUAUCACGUUUACAUCCAUCGAAUGUAUCUAAUUGUUUUUCUCAAUCGAAUCGAGUUCAACGUCAUGAUUUUAAAUCAAAAUAUUCAAGUCAAUUAAAUAGUCUUAAUUCAUCUCAAGAGAUAAAUAAAUCUGGAAGAUAUAUAAAUCAUCGAAAAAUUCGUAAAAAGUCCAAAAGGGAAACAAGAUUUCAAAUGAAUGGAAAUAUGGAUCAAAAUUUUCAUUCUCUUAAAGUUACUAUUAGAAGAACAUAUAAAUCGAAUAAAAUGGAAAAUGGUAUUUGUGCAAUUGUAAAUACACCAGAUGGAAGUAUUAACCAUGAUAUUUCAUGUCAAUCAAUUAAUCAUACUGGUGAUAAUAACAGUUCAACAAAACAAUGUGAGACUCAGUUAUAUAAUGAAAAAUUAGAACAGGAUGUGUAUAAUCCAGAGCUUUUAUCAGCAUUCGAAAAACCUUGUCAUUUUGUUGAUUCCUCAACUUCUACAGUUGAUUGUGCUACUUUAACUGAACCAGACCUCCUUGGACCUUGUGAACCAGGUACAAAAGUUGUUGUAGAAGGUGUGGUAUGGUUAGAAGCUACAGGGAUGCUUGUUCUUAGUCUUCACUGGCGAGGACGAAACUACAUGGGUACUUUACUAGAUUCGUCAAAACAGACGUUUGCACCUACUUGCAUGGAUAAAGGUGUCGCCAGUGCAUUAAAUCUCUUACGUGGUCGAAAAUCUUGGUGUGAUCCACACAGAGGUUAUCAAGCUCGUGGCCUUCACUUUCACCAUCUGCGUCAUCAUCGUCGUGGUGGUGGCAGUACUAGUGGCGUAUCAAUGACUACUCGGUCAGCUUCAGCAGCAGCAGCCGCUGCAUCACAAGACUCAAGAGAGGGGAGUGUAGAUUCGAAAGACCAGUCUGUUGUUAAUGAUCCUUAUUCAGCUGAGUGUAUUGACCAACCUUAUGUACCUAUAGAGACAAGUUAUAGCAAGAAGUCUGGCAAUAUUGCAUCACACGAUAUUCCCCGACGUGGAGCUAAAGGACGUAGACGUCGUGGCGCUGGUCGAAGAUCAGUUCGUCCUAUUGGUGUAGUCUCUCCAUCUCUUGAAUGUUCUAUAAAUUUAUCUUUACCCGAAACUAAACAAACCCUCAACGAUGAUGCAGAUAACCAAGCAAACUUAUUGUCAGAUGUUUCAUCUUCAAAUUCUGAUUGUAAAUUACCACUCAGUUGUCCAUUCAAUGGCUGUGAAAAACGUUUUGCCGAUAUUCUUAGCAUGCGUUUUCAUUUCACAAUGGGACAUCAUAACAGUCAAACUAUAGAAAAGAAAAAUAUGAGAGAAUCUCUUGUUGAGCCUGUUGUUGAUCAGGUUAGAUGGAUAAAAAGUGAAGAUUUUGAUAAUAAUAAUAAUCUUGAAAUAUCUGUUUGUGAUAUCUCUGCUAAUUCAUCUCCUCCACCGAAACUAGCAAGAGCACAUUGUACCAAAGAUAGGAGUAGUGAUAGUAACGAAACAAGUUUAGUUUUAACAAAUGGUGAUGAUAUUGAUGAUAAUAUUGAUCCGCCGAAACUACAUCGUGUUGUAUCGAUAUCUGAUUCUUUUUCUAAUGCAAAUCAACUUAUUGAUCCAGGUGACUCAAACUCAUCGAAGUUUGAUAAUAUUCAUCAUACAACAGAUGUUCUCGACGAACCUCCUACUGCUAGUCCUGCAUAUUCUGAUAUCUCUGAUGAUGGUACUGUAUCAUCUACAACUAAUAAUUUCCCAGUUUUAAACAUAGGAAUGGCAGCAAUUGAUGUUCAGAACUCCAGAGAAACAAUAUUGAAUUCUUCAUCAAUUUUAUCAAAUCUUUCUAAUCAACCAUCCAUACCUCAAGGAUAUAUUGAUGUUUCCAGACGCUUAAAUCUAUCUCCACUUAUAUUAUCUUCAUGUUCUACCGUUACUGGAUCUAGUGAAUCGACUAAAUUAUAUUUUCCUGCUAAUUUGUUUUCUCCAACUCUAAAAGGUGUAAACAAUAUCUUCUAUCAAACUGCAUCUCCAACUGUUAAAUCCAUGGACAAACAGAGUACAGAAAAUGGAUUAAAACAGAACAGAAAUAAUAAUUCCCCAACAAAUUAUCCUUUUCAGAAAGAAUCACCUUCCAGAUCCCUGAUAACCAACAAUAACAAUCAUAAUAGUAGUUGUAGCAGUAAUCCAUCAGUAUUACAUGAUUUAUCAAGUUCUCAGUCAUCCUCUUCUAAUAGUGCUCCGUUAAUUCCACCAUCUAAUCAUGAUAAUUCCCGACAUCUGACAUUUCUCUCCGCUUCUCCUGGAUUAGUUAUGACUGAGCAAAAUUCACGUCCAUCAUCCACAGGAUCAUUCGUAUCCAAUCCUCUUACUUUUUGUGUUUCACGAAAUUCUCCGGUUCCACCACGACCCGGUUUAUCCGAUCAAGGAUUACUAUCAUCGCAUAAUAAUCACCAUCCAUUUUAUCAGCAUCAUCAACCUUCUGCACUAUCUAAAUCUUAUGAAUAAACCAAUAGACACAUGUAUCUGUGUAUUAUUCAGAUACAUAAAUGUAUAUUUCAAAAUUGUACAAAUGAAUGUGUACGAAGCGAUCGUGGCGCACAUGUGGUAGUAGUAUUGUUGAUAACUUGAUCUGAUCUGAUCCCAUGGAGAGAAUUAUUAGAGUUGUUAUUUCUCUAUUUGUAUCUAAUUUAUAUUUUAUUAUUCACCUUAUCCUCAUUACAUUUUUUUUAUUAUCCUAACAAGAAACAACUAUAUCCCCCAUCAUUCAUCAAUCAAUCAAUCAAUGAUAGCAAUAUUCUUCUCCUUCUAUUGAUCCAUCCUUCUCUUAUAUUCUUGUCUAUCCAUUGUUUUUCUGUCUCUGUAUGCGCUACAAAAAAAAAUUUAAGAAAUCAUGUAUUAUGCCUAGUGGUUGUUGUUAUCAUCACUACCACCACCACCACCACCACCAUCUUAUUGUCAUGUUCCUUCCACUUGUCCUUUCUCUUCUUGAGUCCUCUUUUUUUUGUUCUACUUCUCUUCUUUUCUCUUUCUCCUAUAUUCCAACUGACUACUGAUUAAUUAAUGCUCGCUUACCAAGGGUCUUUCACAUGAAAAUCCAAAUUAUUACUAUUCUUCUUAUUUGCUACUAUUUAGUCAAUUUUGUAAUUUCUCCAUUACACAAAAUACAAGAUAAACAUCUAUGGUUUAUUAUUAUUAUUAUUAUAUUUGACCUCUUCCUUGUUGUCAAGUAAAAAGUAAAAAAAAAACAGACCAGUAAUAAUGAUUUGUUCUAUUAAGGUAUCUCCAGUUGUGUUGAGUAGCUGUGAAACACAAGAAUAAGUUAUACCGUCUUGUGUAUUUUGUUGUCAAGUCAAGCAAGACUCUUCUCUACUAACGAUAACACUCUUUUUGAAGUUUCCAAUUUAGGGUAUGAUUUGUAUGAUUAAACAUUGUGUAGAAGAAGUACCUUGUUAUUUUUUUUAUUAGUAUGAUUAAAGUGCUUUCUCGUUGUUUUUUUUUUGUGGACGAAUGAAUGAAUGACUUUGUUUUUGUAUUCCAAUCUUAUUUUUCCCCUCUGUCCAGAAUGAUUUGGAUACUGAAACAAUAUUGAACUUUAAAGUGGUCACUAUGUUCUCCUUUUUUUUGGUACCAUGUUCCAAUUUUUUUUUCCGCUUGAUUUUUCUUUGAUUGCAAGAAGCAUUCGACGACGACAACAACAACAACAGCAACCUUCUUUUACAUGGCUCCAAGUUUUCUUUUUGACACCACCCUGUGUGUGUACACAUGUUUGUAUGUGAGGAAAAAGAGAGAGAGAUAGGGGGGGGGUUCCACUCAACCACAUACACAUACACAUGAUCAAGAUAGAUAAUUUAAAAAAUAUUCAUAUUAGUAGUAGUGAUCAGUUAUGUCUACUUAUUUUGAUUAUUAUUAUUACUAUUGUUACUACCGGAAUUGUUGUACUAUUGGUUUUUAUGUUUUGUAUGUUUAUGUUAAACACACUAGUUCGGUUUGUACAGAAAGAAAUAAAAAAACGUUCGUUAUUGUUUAUGAUGAUGGUCUCCAUUUGUUUGUCAUGAAAUUCAUAUAAUAAACUGCGUCAGGU